GACAAGAGUUCAGUGUGCGUGAGUACACCCCCGUGGACAACAUAGGUUUGUGUGUGCAAUGCAUUACGUGUGCGCGCUACAGUGAGCGCGCGAGUCGUACGAACGCGUCACAUAAUAUACCUAAUAUUAUUAUUAUAUUAUUACUAUUAUUAACGUUCACCCGUAAACCCAUUGUAAUACCGUUACGGAUUCGCGGGAUGACGAACGUCGUGACCACUACCGCGAGCGUUGUCCGCAGAUGAACGCCACCGGAUGCCUGACGGCCCUGGGCGACGGCGGCGAAGCGUUCGUCGUGAUCUCGUCGGACGGCGACGACGACGACGACGACUACGGCUGCAGCAGUCGCCGGGGACGCCAUCGCCGCCGGCACGCGGAGCCGCGGAGCACGUCCCCGCGGUGCCCGCUCGGCAGGCCACCGACGCCGCCGCCGCCGCCCGGUCUUUCGAUGGCCACCGCCGAAGCGUACAAGUCGAGGCCGCGCCGCAAAGACCGCGGUGCCUUCGUCGUGCUGCCCGAACCGCCUAUGGCACCAUCCGCGGCCACGUCGUCCACCGCCGACGACACACAGGGGCCAGUGAUCGGAGGUGCAAGUGCCAGCGGCCGCGUUAGCCCGUUCCGUGGCUAUGGUUUCAAAACGCCCGAAAACGGACGGUCGCGUGCGUCCAGCCCGUCGUCGUCGUCCGGACGUCCGCUGAGGCGUCAGUCGUCGGAACCGCGGAUCGCGGCCAACGGUCAUCGUCGGCCGCCCGCCAACGCGACUGGUGGCAAACAGUUGUCGGCGUCCACCAAGGACCUGUCGGCGACCGGAAAGAGGACGUCCGGUUCGUCCACUAAACAACCGACGGCGGCCACGAGCGGUGCCGUGGGUGGUCGGAAAACGCCGGCCGUGGCAGGCAAGCCGCCGUCCGUCCCGACGGCCAGCAACCCGGUGGCCGUCAAGUCAUCGCCGCGUAAAAAGUUGCCGGCGACGCCGCGCAAACCAGUGCCGCCGAAAUCGCCGCUGCCGCUCAGGUCGCCUAAAACGCCGAGACGGCAACAGCCAGUGGCCAACGCGGUGGCCGGCAACAGACCACACGCCGCCGCAGCGAAACCGACCGUUAGCCGUCCACCGGUCAAAUUGUCGCCACGCUUGCCCAAGAAACAGCCGAUGGCUUCGGCUACGGCGUCCACAAAAACUGAAGCUCAGCCGAAAGACGUCGCCCGCCCGCCAACUGACAAUGGCGUAGUAAAGACUGUCGCGGCUACCCCCACGGUGACAGCCACGACCGCGUCGACGACAUCGUCGAUAUUGGCAACAGCAUUCGAUUCUUCGCCGACGACCACGGCACCGACAUUGGCCGUGCCCACGACGACAACGACGGCGACGACGACGGUAUCGUCGGUCUUUCCGAUCACGGCGUCUACCUCGGCCACAGCGAUAGCGACCACGCACGCGACCAACGCAGUCGCUUCGGCCGUGGUCGACGGUGGACCGAUCGUCACGGCCGUGCCUCCUCCGGCAGCCAUUGCCGCAAACACCCUGGCCACUUUGUCUGUCAUAGACCCGCCGGCCGCGACAUUGAAACCGCCACAGAGCGCGAUGCGGCCUCGCGAUCCACCGGCCGCCGCUCCGCCGAAGCCAGCCGCUACCGUAGUCGUAAUGGACAACGAUCCACUGACGGAAGCUGCGGCCAAACGAAAGUCCGUUGCCGUCACGAUGACGACUACGCCACCGCUGUCAUACGAGUUACAAGAGAUCGUAGUGGAACCGGAAAUCGAAAAUCAGAGCGGACGAACGGCCGUCCGGUUGUCCGUGGACGCUGACCGCAACAAAACGUCGUCCACGGCCAGUAGCAGCAACGGUCACAAAACUGUCGCAUGGGCGAGGCCAUCUGAAAAAAUCAUCGUUCCAGCUGAAGUUCCGAGGUCGGCCGAGGCGGUGACCACCAAAGAUCCGGCCUACAAAAGAUAUGCGCGGAAGCUAUGCGGUGGUGGUGGCGGCGGAAGUGGCAGUGGCGGUGGCCGAAGUGGACGUCGACCGACCGUCGGCCACGUAUCGCCGUCCAUCGCUGCCGCCGCCGAUGGACGUGCGUCAAAGUGCUGGGCGGCCGUAUGGAAACGUCGGCCGCGGCCGUGUGGCCAGUGUUGUAGUCGAAAACGGUCGACUGCCGUGACGGCCUCUUCUGCAGAGGCCACGUCCGAAGGCCGACGACAUCCACAGUGGUGGCGGCGGUGUAGCGACAAGUUGUGCUGUUGCUGCGGCAAGCGGACGAACAAAAAGAAACUCGUGGCGGCCACGUCGUCGUCGUCUGACCACUCGGUCGGCGCGCUCGGCAUCGCUCCACCGACCGUAAUGGCUACCGACACAUUUUGCGGCAAGUUGAAGAGGCAGUUGCGUCGCUGCUGUUGUUACUGCAGUUGGUGCUGUGGCUGGUGCGCCGUACCCAAGUUCGUCAAGCGGAUCUGCUGCUGUUGCGCCGGCUGUCGUGGUAAGUCGACGGCCCCGAAGAGGAAAUCAGCUGACUCACAGCAGAGGUCUCCGUUCAAGUGUACCGGUUGCUGCACGAAUAUACCUAAAUUGGAUGCAGUUUUCGUCGAUCAUUCGUCAGUUAUGAAAGGAGCUAUACCAGUAUUACCAGUAACACUGGCAUGGUUGUGUUUAGUGUUCAACGUGAUUAUUCCGGGAGCAGGCACAUUCUCCAGUGGUUUGCUGUGCCUGUGCGUUGGCAAGCCAAGAUUCACGGUCAACGAUACCUUCCAGUCCCGGGUAGGCGCAUUCUGUGUGAACUUCGUCGUGGCCGCUGCUCAGAUGUUCACGGUGCUUUUCUGUUUAGUCGGCUGGGGAUGGAGCAUAUGGUGGGGUGUGAUAAUGCUCAAGAUGGCCAAGAAAUAUCAGAAAGUCAAAAUAAUCGAUCAACCCAUCGAAGCGCCCGUUGCCGUCGACCACAAUCACCAGAUCUAAUACAGUAUACAGACGUUUUAUUGUUGGAUCAUACAGCAUAAUUUAUUAUCAUAUUAUACGAAAUUUUUUAUUUUAAUACAUAACUAUUAUAUAGGAUAAUGAUAUUGUAUAUAUUGUAAUAAAUUGGAGGUACAAUAUCAUAUCCAUAUGAUGUAUGUUAGAUAUACCUACUUGUGUUAAAAAUAAUGCAUACCUAGUGAAAUAGUAUAAUUUAUAAUAAUAUAUAGUAUUUUGAACAUUUUUGUCCACCGAUAAUAUUAUAUUAGUUAGGUACCUAGGUGUAAAAUAUAAAUCAUAAUAUGUGUAUAUGUUAA